CGUGUCACAUUAGCUUCACCACGGACAUUUGGACAUCAAGCGUGAGUCCUGUAAGCAUGUUGAGCCUCACUGCCCAGUGGAUAGAUGAAGAUUUCACCCUUAAAAAAGCUGUCCUACACUCACAGGAAUGCUCCGGUUCUCACACAGCAGCUGCAAUUGCGUCCGCAUUUGAAAGUAUGUUUGGGAAAUGGAAAAUAGAAAGAGAACGAGUGCAUGUCGUGCUACGUGACAAUGCCCGUAACAUGGCUAAAGCUAUGAUGGAGUUUGGUGUGACAAGUCUACCGUGCAUGGCACACUCACUGCAACUGGCGGUGAAUGACGGUGUCUUGUCUCAGCGCAGCGUGGCGGAUGUUGUGGCCGUGGGAAGGAGAAUAAUUGGACAUUUCAAACACUCCCAGCUGGCAUACAGUCGACUGGCGGAUGUACAGAAAGAGCUCGGAAUGUCGAUAAAACGACUUCAACAAGAUAUCGCUACCAGAUGGAAUUCGACUUUUUAUAUGAUGCGAAGCUUGGUCGAGCAGAAAAGGGCACUAGGUGCUUAUGCCGCUGAUUUCGAGCUUCCUGCAACUUUGACGGCAAAUCAGUGGGGAAUUAUAGAAAAUAUGAUCACACUUCUCGCCCCCUUUGAACAGCUGACCAGAGAUAUAAGUUCUGCAGAGGCUUCUGCUGCUGAUGUGAUCCCCGCGGUUGUGGCACUGACACGACUGCUUGGCCGGCCGAGUGACACGGACAGAGGAGUGCAGACUACCAAAACUACCCUGCUGGAAGCCGUCAAUCAUCGCUUCAGCGGUGUGCAUUGUGAGGCACUUUAUUCUGUUGCAACCAUGCUUGAUGCACGCUACAAAGACCGGUACUUUGACGAGGAAAAAAAGAGGAGUGCUCGCGACCUGUUGCUCAAAGUUUUGGAUGACAUGAGCGGCAGUGCAGAUGCCAGCACAGAGGAUCCUCCAGAGAAGAGGACCCGAACAGGAUCACUGCUGGAUAUGUAUGACGAAAUUCUGGAGGAGAAUGUCAUGUUUGAGGAGCAAGACAAGACCGCUUCAGCGUCACAGGUCAUCUUAUACCUGGCCGAACCCACAAUUCCCAGGAACCACAGUCCAUUGGAGUACUGGAAGUGCAACCAGGCCCGUUUCCCUGCCCUCGCUCUUGCUGCACGCAAGUACCUGUGUGCACCUUGCACAAGCGUUGACAGUGAACGGCUUUUUAGCGUUGCCUCUGAUGUGAUGGAUGAAAAGAGAAAUCGAAUGGACGGUGAAAAGGCAGAGAUGCUCAUUUUUCUUAAGAAAAACCUACCUCUGGUAUUAAAAAAAUAGCUGAACAGAAGCCUACCGGUCAGCCGAAGUUGUCACCCUAGUUAGUUGGACUGAAAAGGUUUGCACCACUCAAGUUCAAGUAAAGGAUAAGAUGUCCUUGUAUUUUUAUUUUAUUUUUUGUGGCUCACAAGAUAAUAUGUGGAGCUUGGUUUUAAGUUUGAUUAUACUUUAAAGUGGGUCCUCAGGACUGAAGUGGAGGUCUGGACUACAGCUGCUUGUUUUGUGCACUUGAAGUGUUUUCUGUAAGUUUCAGUACAAUGUCAUGUUAACCACUAUGUUGGGGGAGCAUUUGGUAGACCUGUUCCAGUAGGAAAAGAUGUAAAAAAAAAUAUUUGAAAAUGUAUUUGUAUUUAUUUUAAUCUUAAGGACUGAAGUUUCAAAGUCUAAACUUAAAAAUAAAAUGUUGCACUGGCAUAUCAUUUAUUCUCCAAGUGAAGUAAUUGACCUGUUUUUCAGGUGUGAAUGUCUGUCUACAUUUGUAAAAUAAUACAUUUAUGGUAGAGUCAGUACAGAAGAGAUACAUGGAUUUCUCUUCAGUAAAAUUAAAGUUUUAAUAUAUCAGGCGAAAAAUGUGUAUAUAUAUCGGUAUCGGUAUCGGCAUCGGCCAAAAUUAUUUUGAAAAUAUCGGCAUAUCGAAUAUCGGCCAAAAUCCAAUAUCGUGCAUCCCUA